AUGGAGUACUCUUCUAUCGAUCCAAAGACUUACGGGGUGACUCUUCGUCCCUCUCCCCCCCGUCGUGAGAACCCGGGUCAUGAGAAUCACGAGCAAGUCAAGCCCGCCAGUAACCAAACAGCCCCUUCUGCAACCGACCAAGCGCAUGGAUCAGAACCCGAAAACACCAGAGCAGCUUCAAACGACAGCUCCCAUGGUGCGAAAUCGUUGCCCCAAAUAACGGCCUCAAAUCCAACUCCAACAGUUCCAUCCCCGUCCCGACGCAAACGAGCCAGGCAGCCGAGAACCUCACAGCGCGAGGAAGCGAAAAAGCGUCGGAGGCAGGAACUUGCCCGUAGGCUCGGUCGUGAAGAAGAUACUAUCAACUCUGACGACGAACGCCAGUACUGGGACGCAGUUGAGCAGCGCUAUGCCGCAGAAGAGGCACGUCGAAAUGCACUUUCACCAGAGGAAAGACGGCAAGAAGAUAUACAAAAAGAGGCUAAACAAUUUAAAAAGCACAUAAAGCCACAAUUUGAACGUGGUUGGACAGAUUCUGUAGAAAUCUUGUUAUACUAUCCUAUUUUCGUGUUUCAGACCGCACCGCCCUCAAACCGCGGAGCGAAGUGUCGAAUUGGAAGUUGCACUGUCACAAUAAACCCAGGUGACUAUAGAAUUGCCGUGACCCCAGGAAGCCAUAAUUAUUACCAGAAUCCAGAUUACUAUCAUGUCAAAUGCUUUGAAGAACUACUUGAUCUGUCAUCGCCUCACUAUCUAGCGCGGUUUGAAUGUGAUAUCACCAAGUAUAUCCCCGACAUUGGGGCACAACACAUCCUGAAGGAGUAUCUUCGGAGGUGGAAGGUUCGAAUUGGCCUUCUCGGUGACGAUGAGCGGGCUGUUUCUGAUCCAGCAUCCAACCUUAUCUACUCGGAGUGGGUUCCGUCAAACACCUCCCCAGGGGGUGAAGCCACUAUUACAGACCAGUCCGACAAUAGCGGCCAAGACAACGCUAUGGCACCCGGGUUACCGCCGACAAAUCAGCCCGGGGGAAAUGAAGAAGAGGACGAAUGGCGUCGAGCGGACGAUAUUUGGGCAGAGAUAAGAGAGCAGAGGGUACAGCGUUUACAAGUGGAUCCAGGCACGUCCUUAUUCUUUCUCAGCUUUUUUCAUAUCCUGAGAGUAUCAUUAGGAGAGGAUGAUCCCGCCGUGGAAUGGGACAUCACAGACUAUGUGGUUCGAGAAGAUGACCCAGACUACGAUGAACGCCACUUGCUCAGCACAGCACUGUCCGACUGGGAUAUAGAUCGUCGAAUCGCAACGACAGAUAUUGAGAAACUAAAUGAGAAGGGUCUCGAGUUUCGCGAUUCUUUAGGGGAAAAAACAAUCGAGAAGAUCCAAAGAUAUGCUGCGAUGUGGAUGCCAAACAUCCAGAGUGUAUUUUUUUCAUGUGUCGCCGCGGAUGUGCACUAG